AUGCCUGGGAGCAUGAGAGGAAGGGGAUCAGCUGAUGCUCCGCUCAGUGCCAACUCUGUUGGUUUCUCCUCUCCCUUGAACAUCAAUUCUCCUCAAGUUUUCUCAGUGUACAACCCUCAGUCUCGGCCGGUCAAGUCGAUGAUGAAGGAUAACCGCAUGCCAUUAGGCAGACAAGCUGUCAGACAGCAGCAGCAGCUUCGUCGCUCGGAGAUGUCAGCGCCUUCACCUCGCCGAGAUCCUGAAACCCAAGGCCUUGCAGGCAAAGCAAGCUUUGAGCAAGUAAUCAGCUUUCUCCGUGAGUUCGGCGAGAGAAGCUCAUGGGAGAAAGUUCUAUCGCGUCAGGACACGUCCGGUGAGAAGCAGCUCGAUCAGCGUCAGUUCGAAGAAGCCUUGAGGGAGUCUGGAUUCGUUUCAUUCAUGCGCAUGAGCCCAAUAUCGGUGUGGGAUCGAGCUGUUGGCAAGUCCUUCCGAACGAGCGGCGUUGCUGAGCUUGCGACCACGCUGUCUAUCGUGUGUGCAGAAGAACGCAUCCGUCUCCUCUCCUCUGAGUGCUCCUUUGUUGAUAAGAUCUGCGCGAAGAUGGAAGGCAUGACGUGGCAAGGCGAGGCAUCGGUCGAGGGCGAUAGUGAGGACAGUCUGGAGAGCGAGCGAUGCAGUGAGGCAUCCAAGGAGGUUGCAAGCGGCGAUUGCGAAGGUGCUGGGAGUCAGGAAGACGAACACGUUGUGCAAGAGGAGGCAGGUUUGUUGCGAGAGGCCCCGGGCGAUGCUGAGCAGGCUGCUGCUCCAUCCCUCCGGCUCUCAGGGCAGGAUCAGGGAGGCGAUAGAGGGCAGGAAUGUUCAGCCGAGCAAUCAAGAGAAGGUCAUCAAUCCUGCCAGCAGCUGCAGCAGGAGGAAGACGAUGCAGCAUGCGGUGAGCACGACGAUAUGAUGUGGGAAGAGGGGACACAGGAGGGAACGGCUCCUUCUCCUCGGGCCGCUGCAGUUCCUAUGCAGCACCCAAGAGCUGACGAGCAUCAGGAUAGGAAGGAAGCAGGCAGAGAGCAGACGACUUCUACCGACGAAAAUUCUCCCGCGCCUGCUCUGCUACCUCAACUUGUUCACCGCCCGAUCCACUCAGUUCACCGCAAACAGUGGGAGUUCUCUCAGAAGGAAUUCAAGGCAGCAAACGUCCCUCUCGAUCGCCAGCGCAUUCUUCAAAGGCUCGUCAAAGCUGCUGCCACCAGCCGCCAGGACAAUUUGAGCGAUGGCGGCAGCCAAGGAGAUGGGGCCGAGGGAGGACAUGAUGGACCUGAGACGCUAUCCUGCAGGCUGGUGCGCUUCCCGCUGAGUGAGGAGGGGGAGAUGCCUGGCGGGUGCGGCAUCAUGAGAUACAUCUUGUCGUCAGAGGAGAAUGCUGACAAGCUGGAGACGAGCUUGGGGUCGUCAGAUGGGGAGGAUAAGCUCGACGACGUCGAUGCUCCCUCCGCUGGAGGGGGUGCAUCGGAAGGGAACCAGGGAUCUGAACUUGAGACCUUGCCGCCUGACGGAGGUUCUAGUGUUGUGCAUCCUUCAGUUCCGGAGGACCGCUCUUGUGCGGUGGCAACGAUCAUUCUUGAGCUCGAUGGAGUGCUGCAAAACAUCCCGCUCGUCCACUACCUCUCUCGAGAUGACCCAGAGGAUGUCUUUCCUCCAGCAGCUGCAGGCGAUGAGAGCGGAGGAUUCCAUCCCCACACCCUCCCUACCGUCUCAUCCUCAGCCUGCUUGCCUGACGUCUCGCUCCCCCCGAAGGUGGAUCAAGGGAAGGAUUAUCAGCAGUGGUCAGGAGAUGAAGUGAAGAAUCGACCGGGGGCAAGGGGAGGAGGAGAACAGGAGGAUACAGACGCUUGUUGGAAGUCCCUGGACAUGGAGGAAGAGGAGCUGAUGUUGAACCAUCCUCUUCCUGCUCCUCGUCCAGUCGCUCCAGCUUCUCUCUCAUAUGCUGAAGACUUCAGCGUGAGAUCUUUGAUCGACCUGAAGAGGGAGACAUUGUUGAAAGUUGCUCCGGUAGCAACAACGCUCGAUACUCCUUCGCAUGAUGCUCAUACUGCCCGAAUACAUUUAGAAGAUGAGGAGAAGACAGAGAAUGAGGAGGAGCAGGAGCAGGAGCUUCAGCAAGAGCAGGAAGGAGGGCGCUUCCUGGAAUGCAAAUACAAGGAGGACCUGCACGAGGUGCUUCUUGACGCAUGGAUUGCUGAAUCCGCUCCUUUCUGGCUGGCAGGAAGAGGUUGCGGCGAGAAAAAGAAGCCUCGCAUUCGAGAUGGCGAGGCGCAGCUGAAGGUAGGAGGAGGAGGAAGGAGGAGGAGGAGACGAGAGUGGGAGGUGGUGGGGAUGGAGUGUUCGAGUGUGAACGUUAGCGCAGAGCUAGAGGAAGCGAGGAGGACGAAGGGAGCAGUCAGGAAGAGCAGCACGGAGACAAAGAGCUCCAAGGUUCGAUCCGCCAAGACGAAGGAGAAGGAGACUAGCGACGCGGAGAAAUCUUCUGAGUUCAGAAUCCUCUUGCUCGAGGUGAUGGAGGGCCUGGUGGAGUUCAUAAGAGAUGGGUGUGGUGGGGAUGAUGAUGACGAUGAUGAUGACGAGGAGGAGGAGGAGAAGGUGGGAUGGGAAGGCACGAGGGAGAGCCUGGUGAACAAACUUUCCUUGGCUCAUGCCAUGAGCUCGUUCCGCCUCCAUGCAGAGAUGGUCAAGUGCUACCAGAGGUUGACCUCGCCCCUGUCAACGACGAGGAGGAAAAAUCUGCUCAGGAUGGGGCUGAUGGGGAUGAAGGAGCAUCGAAACGACAUGAAGCGAGCGAUCGAAAAGAGCGAGAUCAUGCUGACGUCAGCGAUGAACCUGAUGAUGCGGGGAAUGUUUGAGGUCUGGACGAGCGAGACGCUCAUGUGCAAAGAGACAGUCAAGCUUGAAGCGAAAUGCCAGAGAAGGCGGAGUGUUCGUGUUCUUUUCGUCAGCGAUGGUCUCAACUCCAUCGACUCUCUCUCCUCCGCUCUUGCCUCCUUGGCUGGGGGAUUGCGGAGAUCAUCUCGUCAUGCGCUUCUUCGCUUCAAGGAAUGCAUUCUCAUCCAGUCGGUGGAGGAGGUCGUGGCGGCAGACGUGAUGAGAGCAGAGAUGUUGAUAUGGAGCAUGCUCGCAUGGACGCGGCGGGUGGAGGAGGAGAGGAGAGUCCAUGCCGACAUCUGCCUCAUCCAGUGCGUCAUGGCGAGGAACCUCGAGAAGCGAUGCAUGAAGCUGUGGAGCGUCAAGAAGGACAACAUCAAGCUGCUCCGCCGCGUCUUCGCUCGAUCCGCUGCCAUGUGGACGGAGAGGUCUGUUCGCAGUGGAGAGCGAUUUCUGACCGAUCAAAAGAAGUGCAGAAGAAGAAGAUUGCAAAAAGAGCUGCGUUUCUCUUCCAUCAGCUGCGUUGCUGGACGAGAUACUUCUGGCUAUGGAGCCUGA